CCCUGCCAAACAGCUGUUCGUAGAUGUGAUAAUAACUUGGUUUUUAUUUUUUAACCAACACGUUUGGCCCGUAACAAAAUUGGUUUUUCUGAAUAGAAAUCCAUAUAGAAUUGUUUUGGCAGAAAUGUCCGUGCUGCCCAACGCCAAUGAAACGCCAGUAACGGCACCAAGGAUGUUUGGUGAUCCAGAUUUGGAUCGAAUGGCCAUGCAAUAUGUGGGAAACAUGCAGCACUACCGCGAAAACAUCGUUAUCCCUAAGAGCAACGGCCCGGUGAAGAUCAAGACCAACGAGGAGAAGUACAUAGAGACAGCGGUGGAAAGUUGCGGCUUCAAGUGCGCCAUGGCCUGUGUGAUGGGUUAUGGACUGGGUGCCGCCUUGGGUUUGUUCAGUGCCUCUGUUAAUCCUAGCAUGGCUGAUCCCUUCGCGAAUGAGAAGAAGCAAACAGCGCGGGAGGUGUUCCGUGAAAUGAGGGCUACCACUCACUCCUAUGCAAAGAAUUUUGCUCUGAUUGGAUGUGUAUUCUCCGCCGUAGAGUGCACCAUCGAAAGUCAUCGAGGAGUGACAGAUUGGAAGAAUGGCACCUAUGCCGGAGGCAUUACCGGCGGACUGAUUGGCCUGCGGGCUGGCGUCAAGGCGGGCGUGAUCGGUGGACUGGGAUUCGCAGCCUUCUCCACGGCCAUCGAUUACUAUAUGCAUUCUAGAUAGGCUCAGUUUACUAAUUCGGUUACCUUGUUCUGUAUAAAUGUUUGUUUCUAGCUAA